AUGGCCCAUAACCCCGCCUCCACAUUGCUGCCAUUGGCCGAGAAACUGAACGGUUCGCUGAACGGUGCAAUCCCAUUGGCCGACAAGCUAAACGGAGCGAUCCCAUUGGCCGUCAAGCUGAACGACACCUCCACCCCCACUAUGCCUCCUCAGAUGCCUCCUCACAUGCCGGGUCAGAUGCCGGGUCAGAUGCCGGGUCAGAUGCCGGGUCAGUUGCCGGGUCAGAUGCCGGGUCAGAUGCCGGGUCAGAUGCCGGGUCAGAUGCCGGGUCAGAUGUCGGGUCAGAUGUCGGGUCAGAUGCCGGGUCAGAUGUCGGGUCAGAUGUCGGGUCAGAUGCCGGGUCAGAUGUCGGGUCAGAUGCCGGGUCAGAUGCCGGGUCAGAUGCCGGGUCAGAUGCCGGGUCAGAUGCCGGGUCAGAUGCCGGGUCAGAUGCCUGGUCAGAUGCCGGGUCAGAUGCCUCCUGGUCCCUGUGUCCUCUGCUCCUCCAUGCUUCCUCGUCUCCUCUCCUCGCUGCUGUCGUUGCACCAGAGGGAGAUGAAGCGUCUGAUUGGAGGAGCCAUGUCGGCGUUUGACCGGCGGCUGAGCGUGCUGGAGCGGCGUGUGAGCGGCGAGCGGGCAGGAGCACGCUCAGAGUCUGAGGGGGAGGAGCCAGUGGAUGGUGUCAGCCAAUCAGGGAAGAGGAGACGGCGGAGGGAGGAAACGAGGAGGAAACGACAGAAGAACCAAUCGGAGCAGAGCGCCCGGACAGCAGGCCAAUCAGAGGAGAGCGUGUGCAGAGUGGGCCAAUCAGAGAGCAGCGUGUGCAGAGUGGGCCAAUCAGAGAGCAGAGUGGGCCAAUCAGAGAGCAGCGUGUGCAGAGUGGGCCAAUCAGAGAGCAGCGUGUGCAGAGUGGGCCAAUCAGAGAGCAGAGUGGGCCAAUCAGAGAGCAGCGUGUGCAGAGUGGGCCAAUCAGAGAGCAGCGUGUGCAGAGUGGGCCAAUCAGAGAGCAGCGUGUGCAGAGUGGGCGGGCAGAACAGGCUCCUGACGUCGCUGGGGUUCUCACCUAUAUCCCAUGAUGCCCUGGGGCCUGUGGGGCUGUGGAGUUUCUCUAGCUCCGCCCCUCACUCCUGUCGCAGCGGAGACAUCAGAACGAUGUCGUGGCUUAUAACGUCUUCAUGCCACGCCUCCUCGCGGCAGUUGCCGUGGCGCCUGUCACUGGUCGCCGUGGAGACUGCAGUGGGCGUGUCCCUGAGCGAUGUGGUCAUGUCUCCAGAGCGCCCCCUACAGGACCACACCGCCCCAGCAUACAUCAGCUCCGAGCACAGCUACAUGAAGCCUCCUGCAGUGAGUCUGCUGAUAUCUGCCCGGCGACAGCAGAGACAUAGAGCCAAUCACAGCACUCGCAGAAGGCCCCUCCCCCUCCCUCCUGUACCAACCAAUGGGCUUACAGUGUCCCUGAAAACGGACCAAUCAGCUGCCAACACUGUUCUGCCCGGCAACAAGAGAGACGUGAAGCGUGUGUCUCAGAUUCGGAUCCGCAGAACUUCACCCAAAGAAUCAAACCUGACGCCUCUGGGACUCCCUAAAGCCAAACGGUUAAAAAAGAAGGAGUUCAGUUUGGAGGAAAUCUACACAAACAAAAACUACAGAUCUCCAUCUGCGAACAGCUCGUCUCUGGAGACCAUCUUCGAGGAGCCGCGGGAGAAGGACGGAGCGCUGCUUCUGAUUGGUCAGCAGAGACGCCGGCGCCUGCUGCACUUCCCUGAUUUCACCCAACCACGGAAGAGGAAGCGUCCAGGGGUGGGGCUUGUUGCCAUGGUGCCCAGGAAGAGGGCGGCGGCCAGGCGUGGUUGCCGCGACGAUGACUGCGACUCGGACGUGAUGCUGCUACAGCGACUGACGGCUCUGCAGGACUUUCUCCAAGACCAGGACCAGGACUGA